GGAGGAGGAAGCGGCCAUUGUCCGGUCAGCGCAGCCUCCGGGGAGGGGCGGGGAGGAGUGUGUAUUACGAAGUAAGCUAGACCCCGGGGCUCCGCCGCGGCUGCCGCUAGCCCACAGCGGGGGGACCAGGGGGGCCAGCGCCGCCACACGGGGACAUCUCUCGGGCCAGGGAGCGGCGGUGGGACCUGCCGAGGGCGCCGGGUCUUCCCUCCUCCCCCGUGGGUCCCUCCUUCCAUCAACACACCUCCUACCCUUCCUCUCGGGCUCCCCUCCCCUCACCACGCACCGCCUCUCCCACCCCUGUUUCCGCAGGCCGAGUGGUGCGGCCCGCCUCCAGCUGACCGGCCUGGAAUCCCGGCUCCGAGCCCCGGACUCGCGCCUGCCCGCGCGCUCCCCCUCCCCCCGCCUCGAGCCCCCCGACGCCGCCGCUGCCGCCUCCUCAGCCUCCGCCUCCGCUUCGUCCUCCACGGGCCCAGGCCGCCGUCGCCGUCGCUGCCGUCGCCGCCGCUGCCGCCGCCGAGCACCGCUGCCGCCGAGCACCAUGGGAGACGCCGGGAGCGAGCGCAGCAAAGCGCCUAGCCUGCCGCCUCGGUGCCCCUGCGGCUUCUGGGGGUCCAGCAAGACUAUGAAUCUCUGUUCCAAAUGCUUUGCUGAUUUUCAGAAAAAACAACCAGAUGAUGACUCCACUCCCAGUACAAGCAACAGCCAAUCAGAUUUGUUUUCCGGAGAAAUGAACAGUGACAACAGCAAUACCUCUUUAACUACACCGACUGUUAACUCCAACCAGCAACAGCUUUCGACAGAAUUGAAUGUAACUUCCACAGGCAAAGAGGAGUAUUCACAAUCUGAGAGUGAGGCUUCCCCAGUGAAGAGGCCACGGCUACUGGACAGCAACGAGCGACCUGAGGAAGCCAGCCGUUCUAAACAAAAGAGUCGGCGCCGCUGCUUCCAGUGCCAGACGAAACUCGAGCUGGUUCAACAAGAACUGGGAUCGUGUCGCUGUGGUUAUGUGUUUUGUAUGUUACAUCGCCUCCCUGAGCAGCACGACUGCACGUUUGACCACAUGGGCCGCGGCCGAGAGGAAGCCAUCCUGAAAAUGGUGAAACUGGACCGGAAAGUGGGGAGAUCCUGCCAGCGCAUUGGGGAGGGCUGCUCCUGAGUGCGAAGCUCGGCAGCCAAACCCUGUUCUUAGUUCACUAAUGUUAGCCUUAUUUAGGACAGAGUCAGCCAGACACCUUGUACUGGGCACGUUUCAGACUACAGCCAAUCCGUUUCCUUUCUUUAGCCAGCCGUCCUGGUACUGUAGUUUAGGGGUUGAUGGUGGUUGAAAUUGAUUUCUGGCUGGUUACGAAGGUGCCUGCUAGCCACUGUAUAAAAUUAAAACAUGAAGAAUAUUUUUUUUUGAGCAUGGCUAGUGGAUUUAAAACAAAACAAGCAGAUGUCAUUGCUGGAGUCAAAACUUACAAAAAGCCUUAAGCUGAAAAUGGUCCAGACGGAGACUUAAAGUAAAUAGAGGAGUAGAAGCUGGUGUUUAAAAACAGUUCCUGAGACGCACAUGGCCUUGCCAGAAACUCUGUGUUUAAUGUACAGCCUUUUCACCUCUUUACUUAUCCUUAAUCCCAGCUCCUAGAAGCCAGAGCUCCCAGUCAGCCCCUGUGCCGGGGCUACCAAGGUUGCCCAAGAGGCUAGAGGCAUCCAGGGGAACUCCUAGGUGGCUGUAAAGGUGGGGGCAGAGGGGAGGAGGGUGAAAAUUUCUAUACCAGACUUACCUUGGAAAAUCUGUCUUAUUCACUUGGAGAAGAAAAAAAGAGAGAGCCUUGCUCUGAACCCUAGCGCCACCCUAAACCAGGCCAUGAGAUACAUUUUUCUCCCCAGGAUCUAUAGACUCUAUAUUGGGCUUGUGUGGCCUACUUGGGUCAGUACUGGCCAGGGAAACUGAAACCUGGUUGACUCUUAUUUGCCAUUUGCUGGGUGCGGGUAUAUGAUCAUUGAUUUAAAUAAGGCUAAAUCCCAGCAGCACAGCAGCCAUGGGGAUGACCGGAUUCUUCAGGCAAUUCUCUGUAGCUAGACUUCACUGUUGGUGGUAAGGGGCAGGGAGGGCAGAGGGGAGGGCGGGGAACACAUUUCAUAGCAGACAAAAGUCAGGAACAGUAUUGGGGAACAACCAGGGUGCAGCAGCUGCUGGCAGAGUUUGUCUCUUCACCUUCAAAGUGUUACCAGGGUAGUCACAUAGGCUCAUUUGUUUCUGUGCAGCCCCAUAGGAUAAGGGAAAAUCUGUUAAGUGCAGUAGAAGAAUAUGACACGUAUUACUGGAAUCAGGAAGGCUUGGCUCUUGGAACUGUUCUAGGCCAGGGACAGUCUGAGCACACCCACUGAAUUGCAAAGGGGUCCCAGCACAAAUCCUAACAUGGGCCCAGGGGUGUUCCAUGCUUAUAGGCCCAGGCCUGGGUGAUUUUGGACUGGAUGGACUAGGAAGGGAAACAGAGGAGAGACAAUUGGCUUGUUUUUCCCUCCGUUGCAAAGGAAUUAUCAACCAGGUACUGUAGCAGAAAUGUGGAUGGGCCAGGAAGGGGGAUGGGGGUGGGAGGAGGAGGAGGAGGACAAGGACUGGGAAUGAAUGAGUGAAGGGAGAGAUUAGGAUCACCUGGAAUUUGAACUAUUGGGCCAGAGUGAGAUGAUACAACUUUAAAACUCUUUUAGUCAUGUGGAAAAUAAGGGUCUCCUUAAAGGGGGUCUCCCCCCACAAGUUUUAAAAAGAAGAGAGGCCAAAUGAUGUGUUUGCAGAUCAACUACACACAAAGACCUGGGAAUUAGACAUUUCUUAAUCUAAAAUAUGUGGGGAAAUAGGAAAUGAUGCUCUUUUCCCCUCUUCCUUUCCCUCCCACCCUACCCCCCAAAAAAACUCACUAAAAAAUUCUUCAGCCUUAAUAUUUUUCAUAAUAAUGAUCUCAGCUUCUCAUUGUAGUGGGGAGAGGCCUGGCUGAUUUGGUCCUCACACCUGCCACUGUUCUAAAAUAGCCUCAGCACACACUGUCUGUCCAUACGGUUAUGGCAGCAUCCCUUGUCUCUUGCUUGGGAUACCCAACUGAGCUCUCCAUCUUCUCACAAGACCCUCCAUUCACUGCCCUUUUCCUGUGCACACUUGGCCAUUCUUAGGCCCUGCUGGCUUAGAGGUGGCAUGGGGGAGAUGCCACCUUGGCGAGCAGGCCCUGGUACAUUAUGGACAAUGGUCAUUCUAUUGACAGUCAAGGUUGGGGCCGGGGGAGGAGGUAGGGCUUGUUCCUCGAAGUAUCUGUUCUGUGAAGUUUGUUUGAUGUAAGGAAAGCUUAAAUUCUUGUAACUUUAAAAGGAAACAAACUCUUUAUUUAACCCUUUUGUGUUCUAGAUUUACUUACACACGUAGCCUAGAACUCCGUUUUAGUUAAACAUUGUGAAAUUAAAAUAAUCUUGUAACUUUAUUCCUUUUUCUUCCUCCUGCUGAAAAAAAAAUACCCAUUAAACCAAUCAGAUUAAAGUUUGAA